AUGGCAUCUGAGGAGUCUGACGAAAAAAUUGAUAUAUUGUCCGGAACAGAAGAUUUACUUCAUAAUGUAAAUAUUGGAAAUAUGAUUUUGAAAGCAUUCGAAUCUAAGCCGAAUUUUGUCGGUCAGAUAGAUACAAUGACGGAAGAGCAAACUACAUAUCAGCAGAUGCGGGAGAACAGUGUUAAAUGUGCAUUAUGGUUCGAACAAUUACGCUGUAAAAAAAACACAAUAACAAUAUGCACAAAUCAUAAAAUGCUCGAAUAUAUACCAUUUCUAGCAAGUUUAUAUGUCGGAGCUACUAUUAAUUCAUGGGACAAAGAGUACAUGAAAGAUACGAUACGUAUUAUGUAUUUUUUGGUGGAAUAUAAACCAGAUAUUAUCUUUAUCGAUAGUGACAAUUACAAGAAACUCAAUUCGGCUAUUGAAAACAUAAGCAGAAAAAAAAAUGUAGACCCUCCAAAAAUCAUAACUUUUGAUAGAAUUGAAGAUGUCGAUUCUCUUGAAUCAAUUCUGAACAGUGAUUUUGAUAAGACCAAAAUUGAUAGAUUUUCCUGCAAGAACAUGAAACCAAUGAAUACUGUGGCCAUAAUGUUUUCUCCCAGUGCAACUAGUUACCCUAAUAGUAAAAUAUUUAUUCCUAAAAUUGCACUUACAUAUCCGUCGAAUGAGGAGAUACCCGUAAUGUUUUCCGGUGACAUUGGUCUAUGGUAUCCAUCUUUAAAUUGGAGUUAUGGUGUGAUCUUGACUGUUCGUUGUAUAAUUUCAUAUGUGACAGUGAUCAAGUGUCCAAAAUUCAGCGAUAAAAACAUGUACGAAACGAUAGAGAAGUACAAGUUUACCAAUAUAUGUUCGCAAAAGAUACUUGGUCCGUGCAGAGCAGGCAUGAUCUGGUACAAACUUAUAUUCAAAUGGUGCUCUCCUCAGACAUGUAAAUUGGAAAAUUGUUACAACUAUCAAGCAAAAAAGGAUUCUAUCAACAAUAAUAUAAAAACAUUUAGUCAAAAAUGGCACUAUACCGGAGAUUACGGCUAUUACGACAAGGAUGGCGAAAUUUUCCUCAUCGAUAAAAUGAAAGAUCUUAUUAAAUAUAGAGUAUUUCAUCUCUCACCUAUAAGAAUUGAGAAUACAUUACUACAACAUCCAGCAGUGUCAGAAGUCGUUGUACGAUCUGUACCACAUAUUACUAAUGGUCAACAUCCUGUAGCUUAUGUUAAGAAAAAAUGCGGAGAAGAGGUUGAAAUCUGA